AGUCUUCAUCAUCUGACACACCACACAGGGGCAACCCGGUAAAUGAAAGAAGAGGAGAAAAAUGCAGUGGACUAGACUUGGAUUACAUGGAUUAUUGAUACCAUGGCCUUGAAGUGACAGGUGAAAGAUUUGCCAUGGUGGAGGCUGGGUUGAUGACUAUAAGAACAAAAACUAAUAAGGAGGGAGGAAUGGUUCAGUCAGAUGUGAUCGCUGGUGGCCAGAUAGCUUAAUUAGACUUUAGUUGUGAUUUUUGAAGAAAUUUAUCAAACUAGUACCCCAAGGUCGAUGUUAAUGCAAUCCUUAGGAGGAGCAGGAAAACUUUUGCUAUGCAUGAGGAUUGGCUGACAGAAAUCCAGAACCGAGAGGGCUUAAUUCUACUGUUUGUCAACUACACAUUCUUCUCCAUUGUUUCUCUGGUCUGCCUAUUGUUUGUACUAUGUCUUACACAUACAACUUCUCCUCCAAGUGACAUCAUGUACUCCAUAUCAUUUAUUGCCAAUAGCUUUGUGCUGAUCAACAUAUUGUUGGCUGAGUAUGUUGUGUAUACCAUAAACUCUCAUAGAGAAAUCAAAGUUAUGUGAUAAAUAUUCAUAAAACAUUGAAGUUUUCAUCACUGAAAAUAUCUCGAAAAGUGAGGUGGACGUAGAAAAAUAAUACAAGACUAUGUCCUCCUCCAAGAAUAUCAAACAGAUGAUUCGGAACAUCAGCGCCGGAGUGAUUCAGAUUGGAAGUCAGGAAACGGCUGAACCCAGUGAAUCAUUUCCAGGGGACAUAACUCCACUGAGUCCAUCAUCCAAAUUUACAGAAUCUAAAAUUGACAUCCCAGGACAGAAUUUGAUCAAAUACAUGGUUUUGUCUCACUGGGACAACAUUCUAGGACCAAGAGUCGUUCAUGUGUGGAACAUGGGAUCCGGUUCACUGGAUUUGAGUUUGCUUUCACGGAUCAGUAGUCAGGGUUUGAGUGGCGAGAUCUGUCGAGAUGUGACGAGCUUUAUAGAUCACAAACUCUACGAGAUUCAAGAGGCAGAUGUUUUUGUGACAGCCUUUAUUUUUACAGCACUUGGUAUCACUGGACCCUGUGUUCAUGCUUUAUCCAUAGUCAUACAAAAAGCAGACAUGGUGUUUUACUUAAAUAUUCAACAGCUGUUUCAAAAGUGUUUAGAAAGAAUUGUUGGGAAAUUCAAAGUUAUUCUAAGUCAGGUGUCUGUAGACUCAACCCUAGAAGAAACCUACAAAGAAUUCGGUGAUCUUUGUCGGCAAUGUAUUGAAAACAUAGGAUGUCUUAAAAAGUCACGCUUUCCUCAUAAGAUUGUGUUGUCCUCUACAUAUCUGUGCCCGGCCCAUCAUCUGGACAGGGAUUUCCUCAGCUGUUGUAUUAGUUCUCAUCUCACAACAUUUGGCCGGAGCUUGGUGAUAGGUGAAAAAGCAGAUCAUGUCAAUAUGAUGCUGAAAACCCUAAGUUUGUUUAAUUCACCAAAAGAGAGAUGUUGUUCAAGGCUAGUCCAGCAAAAUGAAUCACUUCAUUACCAUCAUGAUAUGUGGCUACAAGGCCAAGUUCAGACUUCAGACCACCUUGAUUUACCUGUGUCGGAGAUCCUGUACAGUGAGUACCCCUCCACCGUGAUAGACCUGUCUCAGAAGAUGGUCCGGGAAUCCCCCACCUACACAGAUCAUGUGACCUACUCCCACGAUCAGCGGUACAACGAACUCAUAGGUCUCCAUUAUGGAGAUACAGAGUCCAGUAUUCCUCAAGGUGAAUUGUUUUCCCUGCAUGAUAAAUCAGACACGCUGGUUACAGGACUUCUAGAUGAACUGGACAAGUUGCCGGCAGAGUGUGGGGUACGGGAGGCCUAUAUCCAGCAGUUUAACAGGAGUAUACAACACAAGGCUUUAUGUAUCAUCAAAUACAUCGAAGGAGAAACGAACUCCGGGACUCUUCCAUUCAAAGGCAAUUUUAAGAAACUCCAAAAAGAUUUAUGUAUCCUGACAGAUGGAGACUUUAAGAUUUAUUUAUCUGCUGCAGAGAGACUAAAGCCUGGUUUAUAUUGGUAUCUGUACUCUCCAAAAUAUUCACGGGAGCAACCCAUUCCUUCCUCCUCAGGCCGGCCAUUCGCUAGAUAGAUGUGGGAUAAUAUAAAUUUUAUUUGACAGUAAAUCCUUCAUCUUCACAUCAACCAUACAAUCGCUAGAUAAGCUAGGGAUUGGUUUUUUCAGAGUUUCAAGAUGUAUUUGGUGGAUAGAAUAAUCUUGCAGUAUUUAAUUUGCAAAACUGCUGUAAGAAAUGAGAUAUUGGUUUUAGAAAGGGAGUAACAACAGAUAUAAGCAAAUCUGUGAUUUAUUUAAACCAUUGAUUGUAGUUGAACAACAUUUUCUUCCAAAUAGGUCUUUUAGAAAUUCUUGUUACAGAUAAUAGUGUUGUGUAUUACAGCCUAGAACAUGUAUUCUUUAUGAGCAUGUGCAUCUUUUUUUUAUUUUGUAAUUUUUUGUUCAUUUUGGUUUUUUUUAAUUUGUUUGUCUACCUUUUUUUGAACUGGUACAUUCCAAUAUAAAUACAGGUACAUCUAUUAUGGUUUAAACAAUCAAGAAAUACACCAAGGAGAAAACACUUGAUAUUUAACCCUAAUGAAACUAUGCUUGUUAAGUUAUUUGUCAUUGAAGCUAAUUUAAGUGAAGUAAAAAAGGUAAAAAGAAAAACA